UCAAUAGUGAAUUUAUGUUAUUAGAUUUUCAAAUCGUUCAUUAUUGUACCAUAAUGGUUAUGUCAAAAUGCAUAUUGUCUUGGAGAAUGAUCAGGUUUGUUAUAAAACCAAAAAGUUGCACUAUCAUCUCCCCAUUCGUCUCAGCAUUGCCACAAUGCUUAGCUGGGCAUCAUUACAUAAGCAGUUCCUGCGGCACUUAUCGAGAAAUGAAGAAGAAUUUUGGAUACAGGGUGUCACCAGACCAUAGGAGCAACAUUACUCCUGGCAAUCGACCUGAAUCUGAAUUGUCAAAUGCUGACAAUGAUUCCCUGGUUCUGGAUGAUGCUCAGUAUGCAGCUCUGCUGCAUGAUGCAGAGAGUUUUGGGGCUGGAGUGGUGAGCAAGGCUUCGAUCAAGGGAGGAGUGAUGGUGGUGUUACCCUGGGUGAAGUGGGGACCUCGACAGACACUAGUGACAUGCCCUGAGCGGGUGCUGGAUGAAGCUGCCGCACUUAUUGGUUCCCUGGACAAUGUAACUCUCAUUAACAAGUCUGUGGUGAAGGUGCGUUAUAUAUCCAAGAGCAUAGUCUUUGGACCAGGUCAGCUUGAACAACUGAAAGCUUGUGUUGCUGAUCUGCCUGUGCUCGCAGCCCUUUUUGUUGCAGUGGACCGCCUUUCUAGAACCCAGAUUCGAACUCUGGAACGUGAGCUUGGUGUGCGAGUCGUUGACCGCUACUGGGUUGUACUCUCUAUUUUUCACCAGCAUGCAAAAACCGUAGAAGCUCGGAUGCAAGUUGCUCUUGCUGAACUCCCUUACCUCAGAUCUAUGACAAAGCUAAGCACUGAACAGAGCCUCAUCGACCAGCGUAUCCGUCUAUUGCAAAUGUCUUUGAACAAACUAUUGCGUCAUCGCAUGCUAGUCAGAAACCGUCGCAAGGUCUCCGACCUGCCGUCUGUAGCUGUUGUUGGGUACACAAAUGCUGGCAAGACUUCCCUCAUCAGUGCGCUGUGCGCUGAUGGAAGCAUCCAAGGUCGCGAUCAACUUUUUGCUACUCUGGACGUAACGGCCCACGGUCUAUCACUGCCUUGUGGGGUGCGCUGUGUACUGCUUGACACUGUAGGCUUCAUCCAAGACUUGCCUACUGAACUUGUCGCCUCUUUUAAUGCCACGCUCCAGGAUGCUGCUCAGGCUGAUGUGAUCAUCCACGUGCGAGACUUAAGCCAUCCUGAUCGUUUACUUCAUCAUACGACUGUGAUGGCUGCACUAUACUCCAUCGACUUGCCACACACCACGCCAAUUAUAACUCUGGAUAACAAAGCAGAUCUCGCUCCAGAUUUAAGAGUAUCUGAAGCUGAGCAGCCUUGUACUUCUUUCUUGCUGGACGACAAGCAGUACGAGAAAUCGUGUCGUCUCAAAGGCCACAAAGAUGCUGAGUCGCAUACAGCGAAUUUAUACCUACUGCAUCAAUUGCAAGAUCAUUACUCCUCCACUCCGGCACUUGCUGUGUCUGCUACGACUAAACAAGGUUUGGUGCCGGUAAUUACUGCCCUAGAAGAACAGCUGCUAAGAGUCACGCAGAGGAAACUUUUUCGAAUGAAAUUGCCAACUGGCGGGCCUCAUCUAAGGGCGCUGCGCAGCGUUGCUGGAACCCCCAGAGAGACGCCUUGUCCCGAUGAUGCCAACUUGUGUGAAGUCGUUGCUGCGCUCACUGAAAAACAGUUCGCUCAGUUUAAGAAGCUCUGCUCGUCCAUAAAUAGCAACUCCUGAAAUAUAAUUGUACGACUGCAACUUUCUAUAAUGCAUCUAUGUGUAUAAUUAUACUGUUAUGUAAA